ACAGACCAGCCGGCCAGACAGGCCUCAGACAACUCAGGAUGAUGCUGGGAUUGCAGGUUCUGCUUCUGUAAGCCUACCUCCUCUAAGGCGCCCAUCACAGGGCUCCGGGCACUUACCCAGGAGGCCAAGUAAGACACGGCGUCUUGGCACGGAAUCUGCGGCUCCAUCUUCCCCACCCAGGCGGCGCAUUUCUGCAGUGUCACCCCAGCCACCACUGGCACUAUUGGCGAGUCCACAGAGUGAUGAGCCCCGAUCACCUCAGUUAUCUGAGCCAAGCUUGAUGGCCGACGUGGACCAGCAGGGACAAGACCAACAGGCAACCUUCACACUGCAACUAACACCUGUUGACCCGAGCCAGCCAAUACAGCUGCAGGAUAUCCCCCAAGCCUCCAUGAGUCCACAACUGGCACAAGCUCCACCCCAGCCACAAAUACCAGAUGACUUUUGGUCCAGUUGGACAAGCCAACAGGCCCAAAGCAAUGCCAGCCUGACCGCACAUACCCAACACCUUGCCAGUCUACCCCAUCAUCUACCGCGCAUUAGUCGCAACUCGGGCAGACUGAUUGUUCAAGUAGGCCGAAUCGCAACAUCGAUGGAGCAAAUACGGGCAGACAACAACCAAAUGCUGGCUCAUUUAACGCGCAUCAUUGAUGAGCAACAGCGCCACCAACAAACACUCGUACAACUAAUACAGCACAACCAGGUUGUGAAUGAGUCUUUAUCCCGGAUUGUAGCCAGCCACACUGCAACCAACACACAACUGAAUGCAAGCAUAAAUAAUUUGAGCAACAACAUAACAUUGAUGGCAGCUCAACAAGUGACCUCCAGCUCUGGAACCACGACCCCUAUCCAAACGCCAGUAACCUCCCCUGUUCGGCGUUCCUCCCGAGCACGUGCCAGUGAGCCAGCACAAAGCACAGCACCCAGCACACACAAGCGGAAAAAAUAAGACUUUUGAAAAAUUUGAGUAACGCAAUAAAAAUUUAGUUUUGUCAAACACACAA